CUUCACCAACCAAAAUGCUAUCGCGAUUUAGAAAUUCUUUAAUAUUUGCGCCAAAACAAGAGAAUAAAAUCAAUUUAAACGAUACAUUGAAGCCACUCUGCAUCCUGUUGUCUAUAGUUGGACUGUUUCCAUACAACUUGAAGUUUCGGAAUCAAAGUUUUGUUAUUAUCAACAAAUCUGUUUAUUUAAACUUGUUGUGCGCUGUUUCGUUUUGUUUAGUAUUAUGCUCAUCUGCAUUCAUGCAUCUCCAGCAUAUUUAUAUAACACAUGAAAGCAACCCAAUGAUGGAUGUGUUUAUGACACAGAUAAAUUACAUAUUUGAGAUGUUUACGUUGAUUUUAUUUUGCAUCGUAGCAUACGUUUGCACAUUUUUGAAUCGUUCGAAAUUUGUAAAUAUCUUAAAUAAAUUUGCGAAGUGGACAGAUGGUCAACAUAGCGGGAGUUAUAAAAUACUUAAUGCUAUACAACCUAAAGUCAGGACCGUCAUGAUAUCUAUAACAUGCCUGUACAUAAUAGAAAUCAUGAUAAACGGCACACGGGCAGACACCCCUUGGAAAAUUACCUUAUGCCAUUUUUCUCUUGAUUUGCCUCAAACACUACAAUUCCUAAGCAUAGGUUUUUACUACGUAUUAGUGUGCAUGUUGGGUGCAAUUAUAUCUAGUAUAACUGACCACGUCAAGGCGCUAACCAAAAAACAACCCGUCUCGCAUUGUUAUAUGAAUGUAGAUUGUAAAGCAUCGUUGACUUUAAAACAAUUAGAAGCAACUUAUAUUGAAGUAUACGAAGUUAAACAAGGAAUAAUUAAGAUUUUUCAAGCUUCGAUACUUGUUACCACAGUGCAAAGUUUCCACGGCAUUGUGAGUGAGAUGCAUAGAGUAUACCACGGCUUGGUUCAAAACACCUUUUCUUUGCAUGAAACCGUCAAUUGCUCAAUUUGGUGCUUAUAUCAAAUUAUGAAAAUAUACAUCUUGUCCAACUGUGGAAAUCAUUUGAAAGAUAAGAUCUUAAAGCUGGGACAAGCACUGUAUAAUAUUCCUACACAGAAGCAUGAUAUGAAAUUGUUGGCCGAGAUUCAACAUUUUUCAACACUCAUGAAUUAUUAUGGUGGCGAUCUGACGGUUUAUGGAUUAUUUUCUAUAGAUUCAACUUUAGUAUUUAAGGUGGUCGCUUCAGCAAUAAUGUACUUCAUAGUAUUAGUACAAUUGGAUGAGAAAAAGAUAACACCCUAA